GCGCGGUGGCCCGGUGGCGGGAGGAAGGCCGCAUCGCUGUCUGGCUGCGUGUCCCCAUCCUUCAGAGCAGAUUUGUGGCGGGAGACAUCCUCGCUUCCCAGGGCUUUGCUUUCCACCACGCCGAGCAGGGCUCAUCCACCUUGACGCUGUGGCUGGGAGAAGGGCCCAGCAGGCUGCCUGGGUAUGCCACCCACCAGCUGGGGGUUGCAGGUGCUGUUCUGGAUGAAAGCACUGGAAAGGUGUUGGUUGUACAAGACAGAAAUAAGACUCUAAAUGCGUGGAAAUUUCCAGGAGGUCUGUCUAAUCCAGGCGAAGACAUUGGAGACACAGCAGUUCGAGAGGUUUUCGAAGAGACUGGCAUUAAGUCAGAGUUCAAGUCCAUCCUAAGCAUAAGACAGCAACACAAACACCCCGGAGCCUUUGGGAAGUCGGAUAUGUACAUCAUCUGUCGCCUGGAGCCCUCCUCCUUCAACAUCAGCUUCUGCCAGCACGAGUGCCUGAGGUGUGAGUGGAUGGACCUCGAUGAGCUUGCUAGGACAAAACACGCUACUCCCAUCACCAGCCAUGUAGCCAAACUCUUACUUUACGGCUGCCGGGAAGGGUUUGAUAAGAUCGAUAUAACCAUGAGAGAGUUCCCAGCUGUCUACACAGGCCUGUUCUACAAACUCUAUCACAGGGAGCUGCCCGAGUCCUAUAGGAACAUCACGUGAUAGCAAUACACUUCACAUUUCAUUAUAUUAAUAAUUUAGAAUUAUUACUGUAGCGUUAUUUAGACCAUAUUAAAAUUAUCCAUGGACUUCUUUUU